GAGGUGGCAAGGACCUUUAAAUAUUACCAGGCGCCGAUUUCAAUUAAUGCUCUGCAUUCUCUUCUCUAGCUUUAGCCUACUUUGCCUUCCCUAACAACACAGAUCCCUUGUCAUACUUGCAUCCCCUUCUUCUCUGUUGAAAAACACUCGGACAAUUGAACAACUUGCAGUGGGUUUUCCCUUCUUUUGGCUUUCCAUGGUCGAGGGUUGACUGGAAGGAGGAGACCCUUUGUGGGCUUUAAGUCUUUGUUAACUUGAGUUAAACCCUUCAAGGAGAGAAGGCUUUAAUUUAGUUUAGUUCUGUUUCAAUCUUUUUCUGUGUGAAUCAAAGAGGAGUUGGCAUAGCAGAUCAAUCAAGAAAUAAAGAAAAGUAGUAGUAAAGAAAAAGAGAUGGUCCUCACUGAACUUUGCGGUCACGAAAAGAAUUUUCAUCUCUCAAAUUUUCUCUUCAUUUCUACCUCAGAUGGUUUAGCUUUAUACUCUUACAAUAAGGUCACAAAUCAAGUUUGAACCUAUUUGGUGGUUGGCCAUAUCAGAAUUAAAGGCAAAAGCCAACACUUCAAGUGAUUGCAUUUAUAUAUUUGGAGGAAAAUGAUAAGUGGAACGAGUCCAAAGAUUCGAAUUGUUAGAUGUCCUAGAUGUCGGAACAUCCUUCCUGAGUUGCCAGAUUUUCCUGUCUACGAGUGUGGUGGAUGUGGCGCACAUCUCCAAGCAAAAGUUCGAAAAGAAAAUGCCAAAAGCACAGCAUCUGGAUUACCUGAAACUGAUGCUUCAAAGUUGAAUAAAUUAGAUCUUGUUUCUGAAGAUAAGGAAUCUAGCAGCUUAAGUCAUGAAACUAUUCUUCAUUCUGAAGGGGAAUGCUCCCCGUACGAAAGCAAUGGGAGGGGUCAAAUUGAAUCUGGCAAUUGCAAUGAUGACAAGCCCACAGGCUCAUUUUUAACAAAUGAAGAUGAAAACAAUGCAAGUGAUCAAAAUGUAUCCGAGGAUUUUGAUAUUGAGCAGCUUAAAGAUGCAAACUUAUCAAAUGCUGACCAAAAAAGUGGAAGUGACAAAAAUGAAUCUGCAAUUUGUGAUUAUCAGCAAGUCAGAGGUGUAAAUUUAUCAGAUGAGGACCACAACAAUGACAGUCAUCAAAAUGAAUCUUUGGCUUGCAAUGUUGAGCCGCAUGGAGUUUCCAAUGAAGAUUGUUCAUCAGAUGAACCUUCUCAUCUCAGUAAUGGAAUGCUGUCUCAUUCUCCAUUAUCAAGAACAAAUUCAGAAGUUGAGUUUAAUGAUGAAAGCUUGCCAUUAGCUGCAAAGGCUAAGCUAAAAGCAGAAGCAGAUGCUAACAAUGAGAGUGACUCCGUUUUCAGAAGAUCAAGGCAAGAGGAGCUGGUUGAUACAAAGGGAACUACUUCAAUUGACACUGCCCAACAGCCAGCAGGAGAGAGUAUUUCAUCUGAUAUCCUUAUAUCUUCACCUAAGGAUCAUGUAGAACAGCCUCAGGAAAUUGCUCACCACGGCUUUGCCUGUGUAAGGUCUAUAGAUGCAUUUGAAAUCGAAGAUUUUGUCAACCCCAGCUCUGAGCUCAGUGGUACUCUUAUAGAUUUGUCGAAAUCCCCCACAACCAGAAGCUCUCGUGCUUAUUAUGAUGAUGGUGUCUCUUCUUAUGAAGGAACUGAUGAUCAAUUGCCUGAUCGACACAAACAUUCAUCUAAACAUGCUUAUAGGCUUGCGAACUAUGCUGCUUCUGAUGUGAGGCCCAGAAGGGAAAGAUUCCCAAUCAACAACAGUAAUGAGACACAACAUCAUUUCAGGACUUCUGCAUCAUUUCUGCCAGAGAGGACACGUUAUGCCAUAAAAUCCAGCAGGAUGGAUCGAGAUGAAUUGUUGGAGCCCACAAGACUUGGCCAUCCAGGUAGAAACUGGAGAAGAUUAGCAAGAGAUGAAUAUCUGUCUCAGCCCGCUUUUCGUCGAAGGGACUCCCUGGCUAGCUAUGAAAGUGGCAGUCCUUCCAAUUACAAUGAGUUAUAUUAUAAUUCAAGCUUUGCUGGACAAGACAAGCCUGUGUACUCUGAGCAGGAGAAGAUGAAACUGUUGAGAAUGGUUUAUGAAUUGCAGUAUCAACUUAAUAAUCCAUCUCGGAAUGAUAAACCAAACGGAGGAGUCACUUGGAAAGAUCAUUAUAUUCCCACAUACUAUGACCGUGAGCUCCUACAAGAGGAAAGCCUCCGUAACUUAGUUUAUCCUAGAUUUGCUGAAAGAAUUAGAGAGGGAGAUAAUUGGUCUCAACAGAAAAAAUACUCUCAAAUACCUUUCUCAGCAGAUGCAACGAACAGUAGACACAAAGUUGAUUAUUCCAUGUGUUGCUGUCCCCAAGAGUGGCAGCGUACAACACAAUUUCCUCCACCUGGAUUUCGUCGCAAUAAGGGGUAUUGUAGGGUACACUCUCAUCUUAAUCUUUACAAUUCGUACGGUUCUUGCCCCUCAAGUCCUCAACGGCAUGUGGAAUCUGAGAUUCCCACAUAUUGUCGCGGAACUAAGUCUGCUGACCAGAGGCUUAGAAAUCAUGAGGUGGAGAGGUACUGGAGGGAGAAACAUUAUUUGGCUAAGCGACGCCUAAGACCCGUAGCAGGUGGAGCCCCUUUCAUAACUUGUUAUUGUUGCUCGAAUCAGCUAUUGCUGCCUGCAGAUUUUCUUCUCUUUAAAAGGAGGUGCCAUCGGCUAAAAUGUGGUGCUUGUUCAGAGGUACUUAAGUUUUCACUUCAAGGCAGAACUCAUCUAAUCCCAUAUACAAUAAGUGCUGAAGCACCUCCACCAAGUGAGGUUGACGAGUAUAGUGAUGCUAUUCAUCGGAGAAACUUUACUUCCACAUCUCAUGUCAGUGGUCCCUAUACGGAUUCUGUGUCUUGUUCUGAUGAUUGUGGACUUGCCUUCUGCAAAAGCUGUUCCACUGACAAGGAUCUUGUUUCCCAGAUACCAGUUCAUGCUAUCCACAGCAAUGAAGUUCAAAGAAAUGUAUCACGUGGUUCACUUGAGCAUAGCACAGAGAAAAGGAAGUUUGCUUCGAAUGAGACUCGAAACAAAGGUAAGAAUCCUGUGCAAACAUGUGAAUUAGCAGGCCCUUCUUCUAGCACAUCCAAAUCAAAUAAAGUAUCCUCAGAAAUUGAAGAGCUGCCAGCGGGAGGAGGAGGGUCACCACUUCAUAGACUAAUGGGUUACUCCUCACCGAGUGACCUGAUAUAUGGUUGGGGACCAUCUGUCUCAUACCUCCCAGAAAUGUAGAGUAACUGAGAGAUUAUUCUCAUGAAGUGGUGUUUUGCGUUGCCUGCCAACCAAAUUCAUGGUAUUCUAAUUACUCUAGUUUGCACUUGAAUAGAUUGUUCUUUCUUUUGACUUUCUUGUUCAUUUUGAGUACAGGUAAAAUAGGAUUGAUCACAGUUUCCCUGAGUGUCUGAAGUAUAUAUUAGAAGUAGAAACGUAACUUUUUUGAAUUUUCUAUGUACACAUGUUCUGCAGAGAAAAUUCCAGUGUGAUUUGUUUAUUUGUAUAGAGUACUGUUGAAUCUUUUUUUAUUUUUAUUGUAUUCAAAGAGGUACAUUAUAAAUAGAAUACCACAUGUUCUUUUUUCCCA